AUGGCUUCGAGGGCGGGGGCGCCUGGCUCUAGGAGCUCCGGAUCAAGCGGCCAUUCGUCAGUCCCAGCACAAUCCACGACGGACCCCAUCCUUCGCAACGCGCUUCGCUACACCAUCUCGGCGCGAGAAUAUGCGACCCUCCACAAAUACGUCAUCUCGCGAUCGCGAGCCUUGAAGAAGCACGCGCCGGCGGUGGGAACCGUGCAAAGGAUCAUAGACGGUCCUCGAGGGCAAACCCAGUCGGCGAAUAAGGUUGCGCAAGGGAAAGGGAAAGGGAAAGAGGGGGAUGGCGAGGACGAGAGGGCAGCCGCCGUACACAGCGCCCAGGAGUACAAUGCGCGUGCAGUCCGACACUCGAUUCGCGUGUUCGUCGCGACAGGCGCGUUGAUGAAACUUUGGGAGGUGGUGUCGGCGAGGGUAUUGGGGAAGAAAGACGCAUCUGCCACUAAAAAGAAGCAACCGCUACACAAAUCAUCAAGCCUCCGCCUCUCCCUCUCCCUCAGUACCAUCCUACUACUCUACCGCAUCCUCUUCCGCUUCUUCAACCGCAUGCGCGCCCAUAUCCUCGACCCGUCGGCCGCCCCGUUCCGGCUGCGCAACCCCACCACGGCGAGCGCGCUGUCAUCCCCUUACGCACCCGCCGUAGGUGCCUCCCUCGCCGGUCUAGCGUUGGGCGUGUACCCCAGCAAACAGCUGCGCGUGACGGCUGCUCUGUACACGGCCUUCCGCGCUCUCGAGUUCGGGUGGAACUGCGCCGAGGACAACGGCAUGCUGUGGGGAUGGGAGAAAGGGGUGAACGGCAAGCCUGAUAAGGCAAGGGCGCGGCCGUGGUGGUGGGGCAGCUGGAUGCUGCAGCCAUUUGCGUUUGGGCAGCUCUUCCAUGCGCUCGUGUUCGAUAGGGACUGCUUCCCUUCGUUCUGGGGCAAGUUUAUCUUCAAGAACUCGAAUGUCUACCUCCGCCCUAAGCCGGAGGACUACCCCGCCGGUCUGAGGUGGCCUCAAGCCGGCGAAAUUGCCGAUAGUCUCGCACAAAUGGCGCGGCUCAACUGGCCCGCCUUCAUCUCCCCCACCAUGUUCCCCACCAAGGAGGACGUCCUCCCCGCCUCGCUGGGCGCCAUCUCCCCGAUCACCUCGGGCGCCCACCCCCUCAUCACCUCCCUCUCCUGCGCAACGCUGCACCCCUCCGACCCCUCCUGCACGCGCACCUACCUCAACUUCUGGCUGCGCUCCUUCCCACCCCUCACGCAACUCCUCUUCGUCGUCUACUCGGCCAUGCUCCUCCCGCGCGCCUCGGCCCUCUACCACUUCCCGCUCUCCACCCUGCGCGGCCUCCUCUCCAACGCGCUGCGCACGGCCGGCUUCCUGACGGGCUCGCUCGCCACGGCCUGGUCCUCCAUCUGCUUUUUCCAGGCCUGGCUGCCGCGCGCCUUGCUGCCCACCCAGCGCUUCUUCCUCGGCGGCUUCGUCGCCGGCUUCUGGGCCCUGCUACACCAGGGCGGCGCCGCGGGACCCCGCAGCGUCUUCUUGUCGAGCGCUAAGACCAGCGUCGAGAGCCUAUGGAAGGUUGGGGUCAAGCGCAGGUGGUGGCGCGCCAUGCGCGGUGGGGAUGUGUGGUUGUUUGUGGCGGCGCUGAUGUUGACCGGGGUGGUGUAUGAGAGGGAUGCGAAGGCAGUUAGGGAGGGCGCGUGGAGGAAGGGGAUUAGCUGGGUGAGGGGGGAGGGGUGGAAGGAUUGGGGGGUGGAGGAGGAGGAGGAGGAGGGGGAUGGGAGUGGGGAUGGGGAUGGGGAGCGGGUAAAGGGGGAGUAA